AUGGCCAAACCUUCGAUUGUAUUGAGCUUCCAUAGUAUAUUACUUCAUCAGUCAGAUAUUCAUCUUUUGAAUGGGCCAUACUGGCUAAAUGAUACAAUAAUAUCAUUUUACUUUGAAUACUUAGAGAAAAAGACAUUCAAAAAUGCUACAGAACUGUUGUUUGUAUCACCAGAAGUGACACAAUGUAUAAAGAUGGUUCAUGAAGAUGAAAUAGCAACAUUUCUAGAACCUCUUGAAAUAAGUAAGAAACAAUUUGUGUUCUUUGCACUAAAUGACAAUGAUACGCCAGACAUGGCCGGUGGUUCUCACUGGAGUCUCCUAGUUUAUUCAAAACCUGAAGCCUGUUUUUACCAUUUGGAUUCGUCGUAUGUGAGCAAUCAUAAAGCUGCCUGGGAACUUGCUAGUCAUCUGAUACCUUAUCUAUCAAAGGGUAACAUCAAUUUUGUAACUAAAGAUUGUUUGCAACAGAGCAAUGGGUAUGACUGUGGAGUCUAUGUCCUAUGCAAUGCUGAGCGGCUAGCUCACCAUGCACAUCUAACAGGACAGAUAGCCAGCUGUGAAAUGCUUGACAAGAUCAACCCCUCUGCUAAAAGGAAAGAAAUAUUAAACUUAAUCUACAGCCUCGCUGACUCCUAA